AUGUCGGCUGAGGUCCUUGCAGAGCACGGAGAAAUCCUCGAUUUGGUAGAAAGACUAAGUGGUGAGAAAUCUCGUAUUGACAAUGACGCCAAGACACUAUGCCACAAGAAGGAAUUCGCUGAGAAGAGGCUCAAUACACUGAACGAGAAGCGUAAGUAUCUGAAGAGCUAG